UGGCGAUUAGGAUAUUUAUGAAACAUGUCCUGAAAUUACUCGCCUGUUUGACAGAGGAGAGGUGACAGCUGUGUUCAGCGGUUUUAUUGGUUCAUGUUUCUGAAAUCCAGAGAGAGAAAUCCCGCCGGGAAUUAGACGGGUUUUAACCUUAACUUUUUGUCGUAGAACUUGAUAUUUUCAAAUGCUUUUGGGUUGUGGGUUGAAAUUGGCACUUAGUAGUUUUUGAAAAGGAUAACUUAUUAUCUAUCCUAGAAAUACGGAAAAUAGUAAAAAAUGGAUGUCUUGGAAUAUUCUGAUGUUUCUGCUGAAAUUAAAGGAUGCAUGACGCCUGGGAAGCUGAAAAUGACUGACCAAAACAUAGUAUUCAAAAACAGCAAAACGGGCAAAGUUGAGCAAAUUUCAGCUACAGAUUUUGAUGUUGUCAACUUUCAGAACUUUGCUGGAACUUGGGGAAUACGUUUAUUUUUGAAAAAUGGUAUUCUGCACAGGUUUGUAGGAUUCAAAGAUUCUGACAAAGAAAAAAUUGCUAAAUUUUUCUCCAACUCCUAUAAAAUUAACAUGCUAGAGAAAGAACUCAGCACAAAGGGGUGGAAUUGGGGCACUGCCAAAUUUAAUGGAUCUGUUCUGAGUUUCGAUAUAGGCUCUAGUUCUGCUUUUGAAAUACCCCUCAAUCAUGUGUCUCAGUGUACCACAGGAAAAAAUGAAAUAACUAUGGAGUUUCAUCAGAAUGACGAUGCCCCUGUCAGCCUAAUGGAAAUGCGCUUUUUUAUACCUGCCAAUGAGUUGGCUGGCGAUGUUGACCCUGUUGAAGCUUUCCAAAAACAAGUGAUGGAUAAAGCCAGUGUUAUCAAUAUUUCUGGAGAUUCAAUCGCAAUAUUUCGAGAAAUUCACUGUCUUACACCUCGUGGACGAUAUGAUAUCACAGUGUUCCAGUCAUUCUUUCAGCUCCAUGGUAAAACAUUUGAUUAUAAGAUACCAAUGACAACAGUUUUGAGAUUAUUCUUGUUGCCACACAAAGAUAGUCGCCAGAUGUUUUUUGUUGUGAGUUUGGAUCCACCCAUAAAGCAAGGUCAGACUAGGUACCACUUCUUGGUGUUUUUAUUCAAUCAAGAGGAUGAAUCGUCCAUUGAAUUACCAUUCACAGAGGAAGAGCUGAAAGAAAAGUUUGAAGGUAAAUUGAAGAAGGAGCUAAGUGGGCCUACUUAUGAAGUUAUAGGUAAUGUUAUGAAGCAUGUUAUUGGCCGAAAACUCACUGGCCCAGGAGGAUUUAUUGGACAUACUGGCACUCCUGUGAUAAGUUGUUCUUUCAAAGCUGCUGCAGGCUUUCUUUACCCACUGGAAAGAGGUUUUAUAUACGUUCACAAGCCACCUAUUCAUAUCCGUUUUGAAGAAAUAGCAUCUGUCAAUUUUGCAAGAAGCGGUGGAAGCACUAGAUCCUUUGAUUUUGAAGUUGAAGUAAAGUCUGGCACCGUACAUACAUUCAGCAGCAUUGAGAAGGAGGAAUAUGCCAAACUCUUCGAUUUCAUUACAUCUAAGAAGCUCAAUAUCAAAAAUAGGGGUAAAAAUGACAAGGCAUCUUACAAAGACGAUUUUGGUGGAUCUGAUGAUGAAGAUGCACCUGAUGCCUAUCUGGAGCGUGUUAAAGCAGAGGCCCAAGAAAGAGAUGAUGAUGAUCAAAGUGAUGAAGAUGAGAGUACUGAUGAAGAUUUCAAUCCUAAUCAAGCUGAAAGUGAUGUGGCUGAGGAAUUCGAUAGCAAUCAUAGUAGCUCUUCAGAAGAUGAAGAAGAAGGAGGUGAUGGAUCAGACAGCGGGAAAAAAGAAAAAAAAGAAAAGAAAGAAAAGAAAAAAACGAAAACUGUUUCUGAAAAACCCAGGAAAAAACGUGAAAAGAAAAACGUUGAUGAGAACAAACCUAAAAGGGCCACAACAGCUUUCAUGCUUUGGUUGAAUGAUGCCAGAGAAAAAAUAAAAAAAGAUAAUCCAGGGUUGAAGGUGACAGAAAUCGCAAAGAAAGCAGGAGAAAUAUGGAGGGAACUCAAAGAUAAGUCUGAAUGGGAAGCAAAGGCCAAAAAGGACAAGGAAAGGUAUGAUAAAGCGAUGGAUGAAUAUAAAGCUUCAGGUGGUGGUAGCAGUAGUUCCAAUAAAAAAUCUUCAGAAAAAAAAUCCUCAGAGAAAAAGCCUCAGUCAAAAAGAGCUCCGUCACCAAAAGCUAACGAAGCUAAAAUUAAGAGUAAAGAAUUUAUUGAAGAUUCUGAUAGUGAUUCCGAUGGAGAUACAAAGAAAAAGGUAAAUAAGAGGAAGAAGGAAAGUGAUGAUGAAAAAGAAAAGAAAAAAUCUAAAAAAAGUUCUGAUAGUGAAGAUGAUGAAUUGAAAAAAGAUAAAUCUGAUGGUCAGGGCGAUGAGAAAAAAACACAGGAAUCUAAAAAGAAGGGAUCAGAGGCCAAGGAAGAAAAAUCUAAAACAAAAAAGAAAGACUCUGAAGAUGAAGAUAUAGAAGAAGAAGAAGAAAUUGAAGACACACCCCCUUCAAGUGAAGCUGAUGAUAGUGAUUAGGUAUAAAAUAAUCUGAAUGUUGAUGAAAUAUUUACUAAGAAAUAAAAGAAAAUUUAAUAUUGA